AAACGUCAAAAUUCGAGUUGGUGAUGGGCGAACCCGCUUCGGGUCGCUGUGCACGAUGUCUGUACAAUAGCCUACUCCUGACCACGGCUCUGAGGGCUGUCCAGAACUUGCGGCCAGAGGAGCACCCCUACGCCUAUGCGGCCUGUGCGGUGGGCGCUGUGGUGGCAGGACUCGGCCUGCUCCGUGUGAUCUUCGCCAGCGGCCAGCCGCAUGAGUGCCAAAAGUUGCGUGACGUGUGCCACGGGUGCCUGGUGCUGGCUCCCCUACCGUUGGUCAACAUGGAGCUAUACACACUAUCCACGGGACUGACGAGUGCCGUGACCCUGGGCCAUGCCUGUUUUGUGCUGCCCCUAAGCUUAGAUCUGUGCUGUAGCCUUUUUAAGGAUCGCGAGGACUGCCACACGAGCGACAGCCUGCGCAAUCUCACGAUUCUGGGUAACAUUGUGUCCCUGGGAUUUCUGGGCAUGAUGGAGCGGAACUUCGCCUAUAUCCGCAUGAUGCUAGUGAUGGUUGCCGUCCAGUACGGCGGUGUGCUGAUGGACAGCAUGCAAGAGGAAGCUGGCGAGGAUCUGCAGAUAUGCGGCACGGCCCUGUUCUUUCACCUGCUCGGUAAGGCCCUAGAGGCCAAGUGAGUAAUCCUGUUUCUGGAGGGGUUAACGAGGCUUACAACUUGCGGUCGCCUCGUCCUACGCUUCAAGGGUUUCUGCAUUUAAUUUUCCAUGAAUUCGACUUUGGCUUUUUUUUCCUGUAUUAAAUUUCAUUUGUCGGCUUUUCAAUUGCUGUUCAUGUUU